AUGCCUGUCCCUCUGGGCGUCGCCCUGCCGGCGGCAGCAGCUGCCCUGGCCUACAUCAAUGCGCGUGCCGGUGUCUUCUAUGACAUGCUCCUGCUGGGCUCCGCCAUCCCCUCAGCCGUCAAGAUGGCCAUCCGCGAGAAGCGCGGCCGCCCGAACCUCUUCUACCUGCUCGAGGACCGCGCCAAGUCGGCCUCGACCGCCGACCGCACCUUUCUGCUCUUCGAGGACCGCGCCUACACCUACGCCCAGGUCUACGACCGCGCCCUGCGCUACGGCGCCUGGCUGAAGCAGGUCCUCGGCAUCGAGAAGGGCCAGGUCGUCGCCAUGGACUUUAUGAACUCGGACACCUACAUCUUCAUCUGGAUGGGCCUGUGGGCCAUCGGCGCCAAGCCCGCCUUCAUCAACUACAACCUCAAGGACCAGCCUCUCGUCCACUGUGUCCGCGCCGCCCGUGCCAAGAUCCUGCUCGUCGACCCUGCCGUGGCCGCCAACGUCGAGGGUGUCAAGGGCCACCUCCCCGGUAUGCAGAUCAAGGUCGUCACGCCCCAGCUCGAGACCGAGAUCAUGGCCAUGGACGCCAUCCGCUACCCGGAUGAGCUGCGCCAUGAGGAUGCCGCCAAGAACAUGGCCAUCCUCAUCUACACCUCGGGCACCACCGGCCUGCCCAAGGCCGCCGUCAUCUCGUGGGCCAAGCUGAUCGUCGCCGGAACCUUUGUCAACAGCUGGGCGGGCCUCAAGGCCUCCGACGUCUAUUACACCUGCAUGCCAAUGUACCACUCGUCCCCGACCCUCAUGUGCUUCAGCGCCGUCCUCUCGACCGGCUGCGCCCUCGCCCUCGGCGUCAAGUUCUCCAACCGCACCUUCUGGCCCGACGUCCGCCGCCACGACGCCACCGUCAUCCAGUACGUGGGCGAGACCUGCCGGUACCUGCUCGCCGCCCCGCCGCAGCUCGACCCGGCCACGGGCGAGAGCCUCGACCGCCGCCACCGCGUGCACACGGCCUUCGGCAACGGCCUGCGCCCGGACGUGUGGGCGCCCUUCAAGGAGCGCUUCGGCAUCGAGACCGUCGCCGAGUUCUACGGCGCCACCGAGGGCAUGCUGGCGACCUGGAACCUGUCGCGCAACGACUUCUCGGCCGGCGCCGUCGGCCGCCACGGCUGGCUGUACGACCUCUUCAUGGGCCGCGACGUGGCCUUCGCCGCGCUCGACGACGACGCCGAGCAGGCGCUGCGCGACCCGUCCACGGGGUUCUGCCGCCGCGCGCGCGCCGGCGAGCCGGGCGAGCUGCUGUUCCGCCUGCCGGCCGCGGACAUCGAGUCGCGCUUCCAGGGCUACUACGGCGACAGCGCGGCCUCGGCCGCGAAGGUCAUGCGCGGCGUCUUCAAGCGCGGCGACGCGUGGUUCCGCACGGGCGACGUCAUGCGCGCCGACCCGGCCCGCGGCCUGCUCUACUUCCACGACCGCAUCGGCGACACCUACCGCUGGAAGUCGGAGAACGUCUCCACGGCCGAGGUCGCGCAGGGCCUGGGCACGCACGAGCUCGUCGUCGAGGCCAACGUCUACGGCGUCGCGCUGCCGGGCCACGACGGCCGCGCGGGCUGCGCGGCCGUGGCGCUCCCCGAGGGCCGCGAGCCGGACGAGGCGGGCCUCGCGGCGCUGGCGGCGCACGCGCAGGCCUCGCUGCCUCGGUACGCCGUGCCGCUGUUCCUGCGCUUCGUCCCACCCGGCGCGCACACGACCGGCACCAACAAGCAGCAGAAGCAUGUGCUGCGGGAGGAGGGCGUCGACCCGGACAAGACGGGCGGGGACAAGGUGUUUUGGCUGCAGGACGGUCGUCAAGUUCUAAAGCCCGGAUCCUUCGUUAUCAUCAAGUCGCAGAAUUCGCAGUAUAUCGGGGUAAUUCUCCUCUUCCCGAAAGUUCAUCCGAUGGCAGCCAGCACCCUGCCUCUGGGCGGCAAAGUCUUCGCCAUCACGGGCGGAGCGAGCGGGAUCGGCCUGGCGACGGCCAAGAUCCUGUCAGCGCGCGGUGGCACAGUGUGCAUCGGGGACGUCGACGAGUCAGCGCUGGAGGAGGCGGACGCCUAUUUCAAGACGAAAGACGCGCCGUACACACUCUACCACCUCGACGUCUCGGAGAAGGACCAGGUAGAGGACUGGAUUAGCGACAUCGUGAGCAAGCACGGCCAUCUGGACGGCGCGGCCAACGUGGCUGGGAUCAUCGGCAAGGACCACGGGGUGAAGCCGGUGGCGGAGCUGGACGACGACGAGUGGGACAGGAUCAUCGCUGUCAACCUGACGGGGUGUAUGUACUGCUUGCGGGCCGAGCUGAGAGCGAUAUCCCCGGGAGGCUCCAUCGUCAACGUUGCGUCGAUACAUGGAACAACGGGAAUGGCCAACCACGGAGCUUAUGCGGCGAGCAAGCACGGCGUCAUUGGACUCACUCGGGCGGCGGCCAAGGAGAACGGCGCCAGGGAAGUCCGGGUGAACGCCGUUGCUCCGGGGGCCAUAUACACCCCGAUGAUGCAAAAGUAUUGGGACGAGACUGGGCGGGCGCUGGAUGCGGCGCUCGACGAUCCCAGCGCGUUUCAGCGCCAGGGUAAAGCCGAAGAAGUUGCCGGCGUGAUAACGUUUCUGUUGGGUCCGGAGAGCAGCUUUGUGAGCGGGAGCGUGUACGCGGUCGACGGUGCAUGGCUGUAG